AUGUCUUUGCAUUCGGAAGAGCUUGGAAGUCUUUUUGCCGUGAUUGGCGAUGAGGACACGUGUGUUGGCUUUUUGCUUGGUGGCAUUGGGCAAGUCGACGAGGAUCGUGAGACCAAUUUCAUGGUCGUGAAAAAGGACACUACUCCCAAUCAGAUUGAGGCAUGUUUCAAUAAGUUUUUGAGGCGACCAGACAUAGCCAUCAUCUUGAUCAAUCAAGUGUACGCGGAUAUGAUUCGUCCCACUGUCGAUGCUCACAAUCUGGCUGUGCCCACUGUGCUGGAGAUUCCCUCGAAGCAGCAACCCUACAAUGCCUCCAAGGACUCGAUUCUGAAGCGGGCACUAAGCGUCAUCAGUCCGCCCGAGCGUCGCCACUAGCGGCUCAACUUUGGCAAUCAGUUUUGGGAUCGAAAUUGGGGUUUAAUGAAAGAUUUGCAUAGUUCUCAAAUACAUUCCAAAUGCCAAUGCCAGUGCUACAAAGUCG